AUGAUCACCAUCUUGCGCCGCAGGACACUCGCCAUCGCCUUGGUUGCCGCAUGCAUAUUCUAUCUCCUCGUCGGCCUCCUCCCCGACGACAGCAACGACACCGUGUUCGGCUUCCACUACGUGAGGGACAGCUACGACUGGUCCAAGCAGAAGCUCCAAUACCCGAUAUCAGAAUACACGCCCCUGCCGACGGGCCAGCCCCGAGCGCUGCCCAAGGUGCAAUAUGCCUUCGAGACCGACACGAGCCCCGCGGGCCUGGCCAGGGAGGAGGUGCUGGCGGCCCGCCGCAGCGAGGUCAAGAGCGCAUUGGUGAAGAGUUGGAACAGUUACAGGAACAUCGCAUUUGGAUAUGAUGAGCUGUUGCCCGUUUCGGGGGAGCCAACCGACGAGGCCGGAAUGGGCGGCUGGGGAAAUACACUGGUCGACUCGUUGUCGACGCUUUGGAUAAUGGGACUGAAGGACGAUUUCUACGAUGCUGUCGCAGCAGCUGUCAAGAUUGACUACUCCAAGUCUGAGGAUUUCUCCUGCAACUAUUUCGAAACCACAAUACGCCAUUUGGGUGGUCUCCUGGGUGCUUACGAUCUAAGCAGCGAGACGGCCUUGCUAGAGAAGGCCAUCGAGCUUGGAGACAUGCUGUACAUGGCGUACGACACGCCGAACCAUAUGCCCCCCUUCUGGCUGGACUUUAGCGACGCCAAACGCGGCCUUCAGGUAGCCGGAAGUCACGAUCCGGCCGCUUCUGUCGCUUCGUCAUCCCUGGAAUUCUCACGCCUGUCGCAAUUGACAGGAGACAAUAAGUAUUAUGACGCCAUCAACAGAGUAACAGAGCUACUGGAUUUAUGGCAGAAUAAGACGAGGCUGCCUGGAAUGUGGCCAAUCUAUUUCGAUAUGAAUCAGGAGCAACUGGACGGCGACAAUAGCUUUACGCUCGGUGCGUCUUCCGACAGCAUUUACGAAUAUCUUCCAAAGACGUUCGCAUUACUAGGGGGUCUUGAGCCGAUGUACGAGAAGCUGUAUCGCGGAGCGAUGGACACGGCUAUCGAGCACCUCCUAUAUCGUCCCAUGCUGCCUGACCAAGACGAUAUCCUGUUUACUGGAAACGUCUAUGUCUCCGGGGCGGGCCCGCGUCUGACUGCCGAGUCACAGCACCUCGGCUGCUUCGUGGGUGGCAUGUUUGGGCUUGGAGGGAAGCUCUUCGAAAUCCCCGAGCACGUCGCCAUCGGCGAGAAGAUCACAAAGGGCUGUGUGUGGGCCUACGACGCAAUGGCCACCGGCAUCAUGCCCGAGAUCUUCAACUUGCUGAUGUGCGACACCUUGGACCCAUGCGAGUGGGACGAGGGUGAAUACCAGCGCGAUGGCGCCAAGGACUUGAAGAAGGGCUUCAAGAACGCGCGAGACCCGAGGUACUUGCUGAGGCCCGAGGCCAUCGAGAGCGUCUUCUUGAUGUAUCGCAUGACCGGCAGCCCCGAGUACCAGGAUAUGGCCUGGCGCAUGUUCCAGGCGAUACGCAAUGCGACCGAGACCGAAUACGCCUUUUCGUCGAUCAAGUCGGUCAAGUUCACCGAUACGGUCAAGUCGGACUCCAUGGAGAGUUUCUGGCUGGCCGAGACCCUCAGAUAUUUCUACCUAAUAUUCUCCUCACCUGACCUAGUAAACCUGGACGAGUACGUCUUUAAUACCGAGGCGCACCCCUUGAAGAGGCCCUCGGCGGCAACGAGAGAUGCGAAAUGA